UUCUGUUUUGCCGUUUUUCGUGUUCAGUAAAGUGUUUGUGCAGUGUGUGUGUGUGUGUGUGUGAAUGUGUGUGUGCAAGAAGUUUUGUAAGCGCGGACGUUCGGAAAUGGCGUGGCGAUGGUUGUGAAAACUGGGAAACAUUAGUGUAUUAACUACCGUCCUGCCAAUAAAGUGAAUCGGCAGCCAUCAUUCGGCUGAUGAAACAAGUUUUUCCACCACCACUGUUGACGAACUUAGACAAGAGAAAAGUGAACUCUCGUGAAAGAAAAGGGUAGAACGUAUAAAAGACACGUAGCCCAGAACCAAGAGUCACAGCUAAUCAAAUGAGUGAGCCCAAACGGAUAGCCCUGAUUCCGCUGGCAGCAGCAGAAGCAGCGCAAGCACCAUUGCCGGCCAAAAAAGACAAGAAAUCCACAACUACAAUUGUCAAAACGCAUCGUUUUACUUUGACGUUACCCGACUCUACAGAGAAAUCUUGUCCAGAAUUCAACUUUGCCGACCUCAUAUCUGCUCUGACGAAAAAGAAGGAAAGUCACGCAACGAAUGGUUCUACUCCCGCAGUUUCGACAGGGCCUCUACUCGAUCCGUUUGCAGAAGAUGAUGAAGAUCAACUUCGCGGCAUUGCAAAGAAGUUUGAAGAAAAAUAUGGUUUGCCUGCCGCGAAAAAGAAAAAGUCACGAAAGUAUGAUGAUUAUGUCGAUCUGGGGGCUGGUUAUGAUGAAAACGAUCCCUUUAUCGACAACACUGAUGCGUACGAUGAAAUAGUUCCUGCUGAAGUAACAACGGCCCAUGGCGGAUUUUACAUUAAUUCAGGAGCACUCGAGUUCAAACCGGUAGAAAAACGUUCCGAUUCUGAAUCCGAGUCAGAGUCGGAAAGUUCCGAGUCUGAUUCUGAAGAUUCUCUCUCUGAAGCCAGCACCACUCCUAUUAGUACAAACAAAAAACGGAGGGUAAUUGAGUCGGACGACGAUGACUCACCUGAGGAAAUCCAACUAAAUGGAUCUGAAGGAGAAGAGACAGAUGUCAAAAAGAAAAAGCUUCGGUUGGAUGACAGUGGAAACGUCCAGCAGGCUAAAAGAAAGAAAAUGUCUUCCCCGCUUGAGACUAGUGUCACUGGGGAAGCCAGCUCAGUUUCUUCUAAAAAACCCCGACCUAGUGUGAAAGAACUAUUGCAGCAAAAACGGGAACAUGAAAAAGCUACCCCGGAUAUUGCUGAAAAACCCGUCACCAAGAAUCUUAAUAACAACGUUUCAGUUACUCCAACUGCCGUCGUGACUACCCCGCCAGUGCCGAAAGACGUAUUACAGUUGAAGCGAGAUAAAGAGAGGGAAGUCGUCGACUUGUCAGUAGGAAGUAAAACUACACCCGAAACAGCUGUCGUCACAACCGAUUCGUCGUCGGAUUCGUCAGACUCCUCAUCGGACUCAUCCGAGUCUGAAAGUGGAGGUGACGAGGAUGAAGACGGUAGAGAUGCGGAUGCGAUGAAGGGAGAAAAUGAUCCUGAUGCCAAACUGCCUAAUAAUUUAACCCCCGCUACAUUGGCGGUCAUCGAAGAUAUUAAAAAAGCAGCGGCGUCUUCAGAUCAGCAAGGAAAAUGUCGUUUCUUCUCAACGGAGAUUAAUCGUCUUCUUUUGGCUAUUGAGUUACAGGCCCGACAGUAUUCGUGCAGUAAGAGACAAGCCAUCUAUACCCAUUUGACUGGUUUUCUUCCAUGUACAAAACACACACUACUCAAACGAGCCAAGAAUCUAGUUUUGGAAGAUGUUGAAUCGAAAUUAAAACCGGCUAUUCGAAAGUUGCAGGUGUCUGUUGAAAAAGUCAUUGCUGAACAAAUUGAACGACAUGCCACUCAAUGCCAACGGUUAGCAGAUGCCAAUCCGGAGAGGUACCUCGAGUAUUAUCGCUACGUGUGGGAUCCUGAAUUAGAACCUGCUGGGGGAACGGAUGACGAGGACAAAAAACCAGAGAAAAGUAACAAAACACCACAGCCUCGCAGAAGAUUCCAAUGGAGUAAAGAAAUGCGAUCAAUAUUGAACCAAGUGGUUUACUUAAAAGCCGAGUGCUUCAACUGGUCAAAACUGCGAAAGGAAACUGCUGCUGAGUACCUGCUUCGUUUCCUAGAUUCAGAAAUCCGACUACUCUGGCCGAAAGGUUGGAUGACGGCAAAAAUUCUCUUCAAAGAAAGCCAAGAAGCUCAUUCCUUUGUGACAUCGAAAUCAAAAUUGAAUCCAGCUGUUAAAAAACCUAGCAUUCCUCGCUCAGGAUUAGUUGAUGCUUUGGCACUACCGUCGCCAGUUGCUCCGUCCACACUGUCCCAAAAUGCUACAAAUACUCCGCCAUCUUUUGUCUCUAAAGAGAUAAAGAAAUCUCAGCUCAAAGAUCGGAUGUCAUCGGCACUAGCACAACCUGUAGCUCGGCAAGAUUCCAACUCUGUCCACCAUCGAAGCGAUUCUGCACCCAACUUAUCCUCAGGAAAAGCUGAAAAAUCUCGGUCAGAAGUGAACGUACCCACCAUUAGGCCGGACAAUGGCGCCAAGUUAGAUGUUACCAAAUAUCGUCCACGGCCAGACCCGACGUGUUCUGCCGCACGAACAGAAAUUCAUCACAUAACUAAAGAUCCUAACAAGUCUAGUUUUCGCCAAAAUGAGAGUCCUCAUUCCACUAAUCACAGUAGAGUGACCGAUGCCAACCAAACGAAUAAUUCGAAAUCGGACCACCCGAGUGAUCUUGUGAAGCCGAAAAUCGAGGGGGCCACAUCCAAAGCCAACCCUGUUCACGUUCGAUCUGAUUUAGGCAUCGUUAAAAGCGACGCUCCUCAAUCUACAAAGCCUAAUAAGGUUGACUCGAUCAAACCGCGCCACGAUUCAAAUUCGAUUUCACGUGGAAUGGAGAGCAACAAACAAUCAAGAUCAGACAGUGCCGCUUCAUCUGAAGUGAAAUUGAAUUCAGUUUUACGUGGACCGGAUAGCAGUAAACAGUCCCGAUGGGAUAACGUCUCAUCGGCUGAAGUGAAAAAUCGUUUUGAUCAUGGACAAACUGUGACGAAAGUUGAUCCAGCUCAGAAUAAAGUUGAUGUUAUCCCGUCCGACGGAAACUCCACGAGCAACUCAAAAGUGGGCAAAACCAGCAAACCUGUUCCAACCGUAAGCGCAUCUCUAGCUAACUCUCUAGCCUCUUUCGUGGAUUCGGGUCUGCGUUGGACGGAUAGUAUUCCAGGUGUGUUGGACCUUAGCGAUGAUCAACAACAACCUCGACCUACGUCAAAAGCAGCUGAACCUUCUACCCGAGCAGAUUCGCAUUUCGUCAAGGAUCCUGUUCCAAAAUCAGAAGAAACAGAGGAUCAGGAAUCCUUGCUACAACGUGAUUUGGCUAUGGUACUGGAAGAAAUCAGCCAAAUUACACGACUAGUCGAGGGGAAAGACCUUACGCAGCCACCGCAAAUGACCAAAUCUUCCGACUCUAGGACCAAAAGUGUCAUCAAGACCACAGGAUCGCUCUCUACCUCGCAUAUGCCAGCGUCGGCACCUUCCUUAACGUCUAAUCCUGCUUCCAGGUCUUCAACAACUAGUGGCUCGGUUCUGCCACCAAAAUUAACGGCAGCUACACGCACACCACCGCCACCGCCACUUGUCUCAACUCCCGUCAGUCGGAUUAGUAGUUCACCUACUGGUGCCAACAGCUCAGUUCAAUUGAUCUCGCCAACUCACUCGUCAAGAACUAUGUCUCCUGUUUCCAGUGAUCAUCUAAAAUCAGGUUCAGGACAAGGAAAAUAUAAUUCGAGCAUAAGUAAACUGCUUUUGAGCGAAUUCAUGAUGACUCCACCCACAGCCCACUCUUCCAGUCGACACGCGGGAGAUUUUUUCAAUUCGGGACAUCUCAGUCCAGAGAAAAGAAAACCAGAUGCAAUCUCUAAUCAGCAGUCGUUGCCACCACUCCCUGCUCAUCAACAGCACGUCAGCACCAACUCCAUUCCCAGAAGCUCACCAAACAGCAUGUACAGAAAUUACCCAGCAUCAUCUGCGCAGGUGGUCUCUACUCCUACUAGUACCUUGGCAAUGCGAAGUUCCCAUAGCAUCGAGUCGUUAAUUCAGACAAAAAAAAGUCCAACUGAGACAUCGUCUCACCGAUCUGUGGGAAACGUUCACCCAGGACAGCAGACAUCACAAUCUCAACAGUUGGCACAGCCUUCUGUGUCAAAACACGAUCCGCUUUCCAUCUUCAUGGCCCAAAAAAAUUCACAAAAGAGUCCUCACGGAGACUACAACUAUUACACUCAACCUGGGACGGGCCACCAUCAGCAAUCAUCAUAAUAAAUGCCUUCUGAAAGCACCGUCAAAGUUUGUUCCAUCCGUGUCAUGUACAUAAAAUGAACUGAUGAGUUUUUUUGCCUCAAGUGUUCGCGCAAUUGCAACAUGGAAUAAUGGAGUUGUUACGGUAUGUAGAAUAACUAGUAUAUGCCACCGAAUCCUCAAUUGAAGUCUUCUGCCUUGCCAUUGUACAUUUGUUCUGUAAAUUUUAAUAAACCAUUUCGUUUCCUCUA